GUUUAAGUUCAGGUUAGGGCUGAUCAGAGCAGUCUUUUCCAGUGCAGAUCAUGGUUGAAGUCCAUUACACUCUUUGUGUAGUUUGGUGAAAUGUAUAUGAAUGUGGAGUUACAUUUAAUAGUGAUAAUAUAAUAUAUGUGCCAAACCACUGUGUGUUGCCACUUCACAGUGGAUUAUCUUCUGACCACUUUGAGUCAAAUACACACACACACACACGCACACACGCACGCACGCACGCACUCAAAACACAUAACUAUGUUUUUGUCUAUUUACUGAUGUAGAGAAGGUUGAAUGUGCAGUGAAGGAUGAACAGGAAGGAUACAGCUGCUCAGCUUCCAGGAGGAAUACUGAUGAUAUAAGGACUCUUCAUCAGGCAAUCAUCAGAGGUGCUUCCAGACAUAGAGGUACAAUGUAGGCAGCACAGCCUUUGAGAGCAGAGUGGAGGCCCACUCUUACCCUUCACCUCACAUGACUUCCUCACCACAGAUGCUUAGCCUUCUGUGUCAGUGAUUCUAUAAAGAGGAAGUGUCUUGGAUGGGUAGAUCAGAUGUGACCAGUAAAUCACAUCACUUCUGCCUUCGUGCACCACCAUCACACUGAAAACUCUUAACAGAGAAUGGACAUCGACACCUUGUAUUCCAAUGUGAACCUAAAGGCAAAGAAAAAGUCCAAGUCUGCAUUUGGUGGAGAUGAUGACAGUGAUGAUAUUGAUUACACUUUAAUUGACUUCACCAACUCAGGGAACAAGCAGAGAAGACCAAAUGCUGUGGACAGUGAGGCUGUCACAUACGCUGCAGUAAAAACCCCCCAACCAGGUGUCAGCAGAGAGCCGGUCUGCAGAGAUGGGACGGAGAGUGAUGAUGUCAUCUACUACAAGAUCACCCAGCCAAAUAGAGAUGGCCUUUUUAGCCAGUCUUCAGCACAGCACAAUGAACCGCUGCCAACACAGAGUGGACAUACACCUGCGGCCUUCAUGGCUCACAGUGACCCUUUCCCCAUGACGAUGAUGACCCCUGUGAGGGAGACCCAGCAGAGGUUCUUUCAGAGGCCCACGUUCCUGCUGUUUCUGUGCCUUCUCUUUUUCACACUGACCCUAAUUCUGGGAGUGCUGUAUUCAUUGGAGGAAAAUGCCCAUGCAGAUACCAUGGCCAAAUAUGAAUCUCUCCAGUCUGUGCACAGGGCAGUCCAGAACAAAUACUCCCAGAGUGCUAGAGAUCUGUCAGAGCUCAGAGAAGAGAAGAAAUCCAUUCAAAGUCAACUUAUUGAUGUAAAAAACAGUUUGCAAAUAGAGAGGGACAAAAGCAACAAUCUUUCUUUGGAAAAAGACACAAGAGAGACGCAAUUUACAAAGGCUCUCGAGAGUCUGAAGAAUCUCAACAACACCCAUGGAAGACUGUCUACAGAGAAACUAAGCUUGGAGAUACGGCUCAGUGAUGUGAACAGGAACUUGGAAACAGAGAAGAGUAGAAACAAACAGCUUACACGUGAAAAACAAGAAAAAGAGAAUGAACUCUCAAACUUGGAGAACCAAAAGACUAAUGCAGAGAAAUUGAGAGAUCAAUAUAAUACUUCACUCUCUGACACACAGAAGAAACUCGAUGAGCAGAAGAUAAGCAAUGCUUUUCUCUCACACAUCAAGGACAGUAUUGAGGUAGAGCUGAAAGAAUAUCUCAAAUAUCUCAAAACCGGAGUUGUUGAACAAAAUAAGAUGCUGAACAGCGCACUACAAGAUUUAGAGAUGGGCUGUGCCAUUGGAUGGAGAAACUUCACAGAAAAGUGCUACUUCUUCUCCACUGAAAAUGAGACCUGGAUUAAGAGCAGAGAUACCUGCCAGGCCAGGGGGGGACAUUUGGUUAUCAUAGACUCAGAUAAAGAAAGGACGUUUCUUAAAGACACAGCACCAGGAAAUUCUAAGACCUUCUACUGGAUUGGACUAACUGACGCAGAAAAGGAGGGGACAUGGCGCUGGGUGGACAACAAAGUCCUUGCAGGACGGCACUGGACUUCAGAUGAACCUGAUAACUGGACAGACGAUAAUAAGAGACCCGAGGGAGAGGACUGUGCCAGAGCAAAUGCAAAGGAAGGACUGUGGAUGGAUGCAUUCUGUGAUGGGAAGCUUCAAUAUAUCUGUGAAGCUACAGCUGCUGUGAAGCCAUGAAUCAAGCAUAUUCUUAAGUUCUACAUGUAGAUGGUCACAUUUCUUCUUAUUUUUUACCUCCGCCAAGGAGGUAUAUGUUUUCAUUGGGGACCGGCGUUUGUUUGUUUGUCUGUUUGUUUUUGUUUGUCUGUCUGUUUGUUAGCGAGAUAACUCAAAAAGAGAUAGAGGGAUUUCCAUGAAAUUUUCAGGGAAGGCUGGACAUGACCCAAAGAAGAAUCGAUUACAUUUUGGGAGUGAUUCGUAAUUCCGUAGGCAUUCUGGAGGCAUUUAUGUAUUUAGCUUAGUGGUGUAAUGGCACGGUAUCGCCACGUGGUGGCGAUCUGAAUAGUUUAGGUUCAAAUGUGUGACAACCUAGGAAGAACAAUGCAGGCGGAGGUCUGCGCUCUCUGAGUGCUUUUCUAGUAUUGUUCAUAAAACAGUCUAUAACAGAAUACAAAAUUAUGUUUAUGUAUUUGUACAUGUACGUGCAUCUUUCUUAUAAUAAAAGCUUAUUUUGUCUAAGCAGGUAACAUGACAGGACGAUGGACAAACAGUAUAAUAUAAAUAAUGCAGUGUUAUCUGUUAAAAGUGACAUUAAAGCUGAUCACAGCAGUCACAUUGUAACUGAUCAGGUAAUGAUGUUUCAGCAAAUGAUGCUAUGUUUGAUGUCUCCAAAUGCUAAAUAAAGAACAGUGUGCGUCA